CGUUUUGUGCUAUGGCAACAGUGUAUCAGCGGUGAAAUUGCUUUACGUGACGGUGAAGUGUGUCUCCGAAAUUGUGUUAGCAUUGAAAUUGGAUUAAGUUUUCGUGUGUGAUGAUGGAUUAUCCGGAUGAAUACGCAGAUGAUUAUGACCCCUAUUAUCAUAGCAUUCAUGAUGUGGAUUUACAUGAAAUGGAUUAUGAGAGACAAGUUGCGGAGACAUACAAAAUUCCUGAGGUGGUACGAAAUUUUUUGAUGUACUUAGCUAAAGCUAUAAAUGAAGGAAAUGUAUAUGAAUUGCAGAGCAUGUAUGAAAACAGUUAUGUAAAAUUGACCGAGAGAUUCUACAAAACUACGCCAUGGCCAUUAGCAAAAGAUGUUGCAUCUAUUGUACAUGAUGAUGAAACUUUUGAUAUUCUGUACAAAGAAUUAUAUUACAGGCAUCUUUAUGCAAGAGUUAGUGGUGGUCCAAGUAUAUCUGAAAGACUAGAAUCAUAUUUCAACUACUGCCGUUUGUUUAAUCUGAUAUUAAGUGCUAGUGAACCUGUUCAACUCGAACUACCAAAUCAGUGGCUGUGGGAAAUUAUUGAUGAGUUCAUUUAUCAGUUCCAAAAUUUCAGUCAUUAUCAAAGCAUGCUUUAUAAACGUACAGCAGAGGAAAUAGAUCAAUUUAAACAGCAUCCAAAAACGUGGAAUGUGCAUAGUGUGCUUAAUGUUCUUCAUUCUAUGGUGGACAAAUCAAAUAUCAAUAGGCAAUUAGAAGUAUACACUAAUGGUGGUGAUCCAGAUAGUGUAGCUGGUGAAUUUGGACGCCAUCCUCUGUACAAAAUGCUUGGCUAUUUCAGUUUAGUUGCUCUUUUGCGCUUACACUCCCUUCUUGGAGAUUACUAUCAAGCUAUUAAAGUACUUGAAAAUAUAGAGCUGAACAAAAAGAGUUUGUAUUCCCGAGUUCCAGCUUGUCAGAUCACUACAUACUAUUAUGUUGGAUUCUCAUACCUCAUGAUGAGACGUUAUGCAGAUGCCAUUCGUUCAUUCUCCAACAUUCUUCUGUACAUUCAACGAACACAGCGUAAUCUCUUUCAACAGAGGACUUACCAAGCUGAUCAGAUGAACAAACAAACAGAAAGAAUGUAUACCUUGUUAGCAAUAUGCCUUGUUUUACAUCCCCAACGCAUUGAUGAGAGUGUUUUAUCGACUUUAAAAGAAAACUAUGGUGACAAGUUAUUACGAAUGCAAAGAGGAGACUUAGCUGAAUUUGAAGCCUGCUUUUCGUUUGCCUGUCCCAAGUUUGUCUCUCCAGUUCCGCCAAAUCUUGAGAAAAUCAAUAUUGAAAAUCCUGCUUCUCAUAAGGAACCAUUUGUUGCUCAGUUAAAAGUAUUCAUGGAUGAAAUUAAGCAGCAACUUAUGCUCCCAACAAUCAGAAGUUACUUAAAGUUAUAUACUACAAUGCCCAUAGCAAAACUUGCUACAUUUCUGGAUAUGAAAGAAGGUGUAGUGAAUUAUCUUCUUUGCUUCAAGCACAAAAUGAAAAAUAUGGUUUGGAUUAAAGGCACAAGCGGCCUGGAGGGAGAAUUUCAGUCCGGCUCUGAAGUUGAUUUUUAUAUUGAUAAAGAUAUGAUCCAUAUUGCUGACACUAAAGUGGCUAGUAGAUAUGGAGAUUUUUUCAUUCGGCAGAUUCACAAAUUUGAUGAGCUCCAUCGAGUGAUCAACAGCAUUCAAAUUUGAACAUAAAUUAAAUGAUGAAAUGUAUAACUUUUUGCAUUCUGUCUUUUUGCAGAAUCAUCAUCCUGGUUUAUUUGUAUGAACUGUCAAUAAAGUUAUCUUAAUCUUUUUUAUAAA